GCGACGGACGCACGCUCCCAAGAACCGCUUCCACUUCGCAGGAGCGGAAAUCGCAGGCGGAACAGUUACGUUACGGGCGUGAAUUAACUAAUAGAGUGGCAGCAGGCGAUCAAAGAAGGCGCUCCCCAAGAAGCUACGCGGGUGUGUGGAAGGUGCCAGUGUACAGUGAAAAGAGCCCAGUGUCGAGUACCGAGGGCGGAGAUCGCAGAGUGGAGCCAGUGCAUCCGAAUUUCAGUUCCCCGAAAGUGUUUCCAUUAUUAUUGCAAUCACCAGGGAUAGGAUCGGUUCGGAUGGGGAGCAUGCAAGCGGCGCUGCUGGCGCUAAUCCUCAUUGCCCAGCGAUUCCCCAGCACUGCUGCCUCGCCCAACCAACUCCAACGCCACAAGGUAGCACAUUGGUACCGCGAUAGCAACGAUGUCAAGGACAAGAUAUUGGAGCUGCAGUGCUUGGCCAGGUGCGGCACCCGUCCCCUGACGAAUGCCGAGCAGGAGCUCUGCUUAGACAAAUGCAUCCAGGAGCUCCUGCUGGGGCCCAGAAUCGGUAGCUGCCCCAAAAUCGGAAGGCAGACACGCAUCCGCCUCUCCUGCCUGGACAACUGCCAGUACGAUCAUGAGUGCCCUGAGAUUCAAAAGUGUUGCCCCUCCAGUUGCGGUCCCAUGUGCGUGGAACCCUUGGGCGUGAGAAACAACACCCAAUUGCCCACGAUCCCAAAGAUCCUGUACUACAGAAUGUCGCGCGGCCAUGGAGUGGAGCUGAACAUCGAGUCAUCACUGCUGGUCUACUUCUUUCACGUGGAAGUGCGUUCCCACAUUGGACGACACUUUGUGCCCAGGAAACUUGGUCCUUGGCAGUGGCAAAAAGUCUACAAGAUCGCGGAGGAGAGCUCGAAACACAGCAAAAACACCUAUAUCCGUUUCCACAUGCGACCAGGACGCUGGUACGAGGUCCGAGUGGCCGCCGUAAAUGCUUUUGGUUUUCGAGGAUAUUCUCAGCCCAGUGAACCCUUCCACUCUUCGGGUAAUCCCAAGCCACCCAAAGCUCCCAACGACUCCAAAAUAAUAGCAAAGAACUUUGAUGGAAAAUAUAUGAACGUAAAGCUCGUUUGGUGUCCCUCCAAAUCAAACCUGCCCGUCGAGAAGUACAAGAUCAGUUGGUCCUUGUAUGUGGACAGUGCAGAGGCCUCCCUUAUCACCUUUGAUGCAUAUGUUAAAGAUACCCAUCAGUUUGAGAUAAAAAAGCUGCUGCCAAACUCCUCAUACUACAUCCAGGUACAGGCAAUCUCCUACAAUGGAUCUCGCCGGCUAAAGUCCGAAAAGACAUCCUUUGUUUAUAAUACCACCGUGCAAUCUCUGGAGCCCUACGCCCCACUUCAGUGCACGGGCCACAACUACAGGCGCAAGUAUCAGCACAUCAGCAUCAGCUCCAGCAAUCCGGAACGGGUGGCGACCUCAUUGGCUCCUCCAGCGGGCCUCAAUGAAGUUUCCAUUGCGAACCGGACCACGACCGCCUCGUAUGAAGUGCGUUUCCGGCUGAACCGGAAAUUUGGCAUGAUUGUGCAAAUUUUGGGCUUCCAGCCACACAAGGAGAAGGUCUACGAACUGUGUCCCCAGGAGACCAAUUGUGAGCAGCGCGAGUUUCGCGCCAUUCGCGCAAAAAGGGACCCGUUGGAAUUCAGCAAACUCAAGUACAAUACCACCUACGUAUUGAGAGUCCCGCGAUCCAGCCCCAAUUCCGUAUUGGACGAUUCGAGAAACGUCUUCACCUUUACCACCCCCAAGUGCGAGAACUUCCGCAAAAGCUUUCCCAAGCUGCAGAUCAAAUGCGGCGACUAACCCCAUCGAAUCGGUGGACAAGCCACCUGCAGACCAUGAGAUUACACU